AACCAGGAGGCUUUUUCCCAGGUGAGAUAAUAUUUAAUCACUGAGCAAGUUAGAUGGAAAAACCUUGAGAGGAGGGACUGAUAAAGAGCGGUGAAGUUAGAGAGUUCCCCUCUAUAUAAGCCCAGUGCAUCUGCUUCAGAGGUGUGUGGAUUCAUUAGGUGCAACCAUGAAGUACUUCAUUCUCUUGGCUCUUGUUGCUGCAGCUUAUGCUGCUCCCCUCGAGGACGACAAGAUCGUUGGCGGCUACGAGUGCAGGAAGAACUCUGUGCCCUACAUCGUGUCUCUGAACGUUGGCUACCACUUCUGUGGAGGCUCCCUGAUCUCCAGCUCCUGGGCGGUGUCCGCCGCUCACUGCUACCAGUCUCGCAUCAAUGUGCGUCUGGGCGAGCACAACAUCGCUGUCAGCGAGGGAACAGAGCAGUUCAUCGACUCCUCAAAGGUCAUCCGUCACCCCAGCUACAACAGCUACAAUCUGGACAAUGACAUCAUGCUGAUCAAGCUGAAGACCCCUGUUACCCUGAAUAGCUACGUGAAAACCGUGUCCCUGCCCUCCAGCUGUGCCAGCGCCGGCACCACCUGUCUGAUCUCUGGAUGGGGAAACACCCUCAGCUCUGGAAGCAACUACCCUGAUACCCUGAGGUGCCUGGAUGCCCCCAUCCUGAGCGACACCAGCUGCAGGAACUCCUACCCCGGAGAGAUCACCGCCAACAUGUUCUGCGCCGGAUUCCUGGCUGGUGGCAAGGACUCCUGCCAGGGUGACUCUGGUGGCCCCGUGGUGUGCAGUGGUCAGCUUCAGGGCAUUGUGUCCUGGGGUUAUGGCUGUGCCCAGAGGGACAGGCCUGGUGUCUACACCAAGGUCUGCAACUACAACACCUGGAUCCGCAACACCAUGUCCGCCAACUAGAUGGGAAAUAAAGUCAUUGAGACCUGUCAUGAAGCUAAAGAAUCUGACAUUAUGACAAAUAAAUGGUGAAAAUAA